AUGUUUGACAAGACUCAUGUGAUGGUUGCAACUUCUGCGAUCCUAGGUGAGCAUAUAGAAGACCCCACUGAUCUCUUUGAGGUUGAGGUUGGCAACAAUUAUCUGGAACUGGAAGACAACAGUGAUUUGGAAAGCAACAAGGCACCUGGCCAGAAAACAAAGGAGGUUGAAAAGCAGAGGGUUGCUGCCAUUGCUGCUAGUCCAAAGAAGAAACGAAAGCAACAAAAGAACCCUACCGUUCAGGAGUGCAGGCAUGUUGCAAACAUAAUGGCUGGUAGCACUUCGGUGACAUCUUCUACUGAUGUUCCAAGAGGCCAUGGGAUUAAAGACGUCAUCAAGUUGGCUGUGCAAUCUGGGGCGAAGGAAUGCAGCGAUCUGUUCUUCACGGCCACCAAGCUUUUCAUGAAUGUGGACUAUAGAGAGAUGUUUAGUGCUUUGGAGACCAAUUAA